UGCGUGGUAAAGCUCCAUUGACCCUCGCCCUUCUCAAACCAUCUCAAUUAGCCGAAUCGCAAGCCAUCGACAUUCCUCUACCAAUGGCGACCAAUCCGGCACAUCCCAAUGGUGAGCAGAUCGAAGAGCCGCUGGGCGAGCCUGAACCCAUGUCCAGCGACUCCGAAGGCGUGAACGAGCCGCUGGAAGUCUCCUUUGGCGAUUCUGCAGCGCAAAGAAGACGAGCGUCGAUCUCGACACGGCCUGGCAAUCCACGACAAAGUACUUCAUGCUUCGUACACACGCUGCUCCACAGCGGCGUGAGGUCGGGCACUCUGGAUGAUGAAGGCAUCGCCCAGCGUUCGCCUGCAGACCCCACUCCAGACCAAGAAGCGGACGCUCAUACACAAUCAAGGCAUCUCACCAAGCAGCAACUUUCAGACAUGGCUUUGGGCAUCCGUGAGCUUUCCAAAAAGCUAGGAAAAAUCCAGGUGAAGCUCAAAGUCCGGAAUGUUUUCCUUCUUACCAAGGCUCACGACCAAAGCCUUGUCGCCAAAACUCGCUCCAUGGCAAAAUGGCUUCUCGAACAGAAAAGCCUUGACGGCCACUUCUACACGGUGUGGGUUGAGAAUACGCUGGAGCGAAACGAGGCUUUCAAUGCCGAAGACAUCGUGUCCAAGGACCCCUCAUAUCAACACCGACUCAGGUACUGGACGACCGAGCUUUGUCGAAAAAAGCCCCACACCUGGGAAAUUGUGCUGGCUCUGGGUGGUGAUGGUACUGUUCUCUACGCAUCGUGGCUGUUCCAGAGGAUCGUACCGCCCGUCAUGUCCUUCGCCGGAGGAUCCUUAGGCUUCCUAACAAAAUUCGACUUUCAACAGUACCCCGAAACCCUCACCAAAGCAUUCCGUGACGGAGUCACUGUCUCCGUUCGACUGCGAUUCGAAGCGACCAUAAUGCGAUCCAAACCGCGCGAGCACGAGAGGGCGCAACAUCAAAGAGAUCUCGUCGAAGAGCUAGUAGGAACCCUCGCGGAUGAUAUCAGCACCCAUUACCCUGAUGGAAGUCAUUCGAUUUUGAAUGACUGUGUGUGUGACCGCGGUCCCGCAGCCACCAUGAGCGGCAUUGAGGUCUUCGGCGACUCCCAACAUUUUACUACGGUGCAAGGGGACGGGAUUUGCGUUUCGACGCCAACCGGAUCUACAGCAUACAACCUGGCGUGCGGUGGAUCAUUGGUGCACCCUGAGGCACCCGUCCUUCUUAUCACAGCCAUCGCUCCUCACGCCCUGAACUUUAGACCACUUGUUCUACCAGAUACGAUCGUUUUGAGGAUCGGUGUUCCUUAUGAUGCAAGGGCAAGCUGUUGGGCCAGCUUCGACGGCAAAGAACGGUGUGAGCUCAAGGCUGGCGACUAUGUCACAAUCUCUGCCAGUCGUUUCCCGUUUCCCAGCGUACUGCCUCUAGAUCGGAAGAACGAGGACUGGGUCGAUUCAUUAAGCAGAACGCUCUCUUGGAACAAGAGAACCAGGCAAAAGGCAUUUGAUGACAGUCCAAAGUGAGCACUGCGCCUGCAAAUGCUGUAUCAUUUGACUUUGCCAUGCAAGAUAGUCAACG